UCUUUCCGUUUCCGACUUUUCUACCAAGAUGUGGAUUCGCCCUUAUAGUAGCGCUGAGGUGUGUGUUCCGUAAUUGUGAACUUAUUUUGGAGUGUUUAUUUGCAAAACAGUCAGUAAAAAAAUACUUUCGCCAAAAUGACGAUGGCAAUGUUGCAACGCCGUGCUAACGUGAGGCUGCCUCCAGAAGUGAAUAGGGUAUUAUAUAUUAGAAAUUUACCAUAUAAAAUUACAGCUGAAGAAAUGUACGAUAUAUUUGGCAAGUAUGGUGCUAUCAGGCAAAUCAGGGUGGGUAAUACGGCUGAAACAAGAGGCACAGCAUUUGUUGUUUAUGAAGACAUAUUUGAUGCUAAAAAUGCAUGCGAUCACUUGAGUGGUUUCAAUGUAUGUAACCGUUACUUGGUGGUUCUAUACUACCAGAGCAAUAAGGCGUUUAAGCGAAUUGACGUUGACAAAAAGAUGGAGGAUCUGGAUAAACUGAAGACAAAGUACAAUCUGAACGAAGAGAAAAAGUAGUCGAUUAAACUCUUGUGUAAGAUAAACCGUAUCAUUUAAACAAUAUAUUUAUUAAAAUACAUAACAUUUAUACAGAUAAUUUACACUUAACUUUAUAUGAUAAAUGAUGGAACAGAGAGUAGAACAGAUUAUUUGUGUAUCUCUAAGUGGUAUACUCUGUUUCAAUAUGGUUUGUACACUUUUUCUUUAAUGCAGUUUGAAACACAGCUUAUGUUCACAAUAAGAGCAUUUUUCUUCUAGAAAUCAUUCAAGGAUAAGUUUUAGUGAACGCCAACUCUAUUCCAAACUGCAUUAAGAUAACAAAUGUUCAGAUAUAUUGAAACUAAAUAUACAAGUACUGCUAGAGUACCAGAUAACCAAUAAUAACAUUAGUACUGAGAUAUUUGUAUACUAGUGCUAAGUUAUUACUAGGUUACUUGUACCUCCAAAUAACACAAGUAUUAUAAGAUAACUAUAAGAUUUAUGUCGCGCGUUAAGAAUAAACUUGUACAUAGUUUGAUAGAUCCAA